UAUUUACCUGGUUACCUGGCGGGGAAAAACCAGAAAAACGACUAACAAUCUGCCAAAUUUAUUACGGUGGUCAGUCGUUUACUGCGUCUCGUAAAAGUAUAUCGUUGUGGAACGUGACGAUAACAUAAUAUACAAAACGUGCGGAGCACAUGGCGCAACCGGCAAACGACACAUCCGUCGCGACGAUUUUGUCAAGACUCGACACGUCUGAGUUUGACUACAAGAAGUUCCGAGCGUUUUGUGUCGAAUUGUUCGACACGAAUGAGAUCAAGGAGCACGAAUGGAGAGUACGAGAAAUCUUCGAGUUGUUUGACGCAAACGCGGACGGCAGAUUGCAUGGUCAGGAAUUGGAUAGAUGUCGGAAAUGGGCAGUUGCGACUUUAAACCCUGUAAAUAUUUUACUGGUCGUUGACGUACAGAAUGAUUUCAUCGACGGUACAUUAGCUCUUCGAAAAUGUGGCUAUGAGCAGGACGCAGCGGAAGUAAUAGAGCCGAUAAACAGGCUUUUGAAGGACGGUCGUUGGGAUAAGGUAAUGUACACACAAGAUUGGCAUCCCGAGAACCACAUCAGUUUCUUUGAAAAUCUGGCGGCACGUAAUCUUCAUUCGGAAUCUAAGGUUACCAAGAAAACGGCACAACUCUUUGACGCCGUCGUCUUCUCGCAACCUUAUGUAACACAAAUACUUUGGCCAAAGCAUUGCGUUAUGGACAGCUGGGGUGCUGAAUUUCACAAAGACCUUCUUGUCUUACCUUCUGCGCACCGGUUAUAUAAAGGUCGCAACCCGGAUAAAGAUUCGUAUUCGGUAUUCGCUGAAAAGGAUGCAGAUGGUACCUCAGAACUUGAAAAGAUUUUGUCUACUAUGAACGCUGUGAAUUUGUUCAUUUGUGGUAUCGCUUACGACGUAUGUGUGAAAGAGACAUGCUUGGACGGUCUACAGCUGGGUUAUCCAUUAGCAAUCGCAGACGAUAGUUGUCGUGGCGUCAAACCCGAUGACAUAAAGAUUGCUAAAAAUCUAAUUAUCGAGAAGGGCGGCCUGAUAACAAGCAGCGAUCACAUUCUGUCCAUAGUGAAUGAAGGCAAGCGAAGCUUAGUGAUGGCGCAUCAUACUGCAAGACAGAUUUAAAGAGAAUGUCAGCUACAAAUUUUGUACAAGUUCUACAAAUAUAAGACAAAAUGUUUAAACCAAAUUUAUUUGGUGAAGGUUAGUUUUUCUGUCUAGAUAUUUUUAGAAAGUAUUUUUACCUAGACACUUUACGGGGAAUAAAGUUAUUUUAUUGUAUAAAACGAGUUU